AUGUCCACAACCAGUGCUCUGCACCGAAACGUUUUGCAUCGCUCGAGCGCGCUCACGAACACGUCCGCGCGACAGGUGAGUCCGGGCGAAUUCGUUAAUUAUCGAUUGAAUACACCGGUAAAUUAAGCCGCGUUAUUCCGCGGACCGUAAUCUUUCGCUUCGGGCCAACGUUUACGGCGAUAUAACUCACCCGUGGGUGUGCCGAAAUGUCGAAAAACGUCAUUGUUUUCGUGACGGGCAAUGUGAAAAAGCUGGAAGAAGUUGUUCAGCUAUUCAAGAAAUUCUAUGAAGGUUCCCCCGUUCCUUUCCACUUGACCAACAUAAACAUCGAUCUACCCGAGCACCAAGGUGAACGUGAAGAAAUUUGUACGUUGAAAGCAAACGAGGCCUUUAAAAUUAUUAAAGGCCCGUGCAUAGUAGAAGACACUAGUCUGUGCUUCAACGCUCUUGGUGGACUUCCGGGUCCGUAUGUCAAAUGGUUUCUCAAACCAGUCGGUCCAAUGGGCUUAUAUCGUAUGCUCCAAGGGUUCGAAGACAAAACUGCCAUCGCUGUUACCACUGUUGCUUACGUUGAUAAACAAGGUAAAGUGACAAUAUUCAACGGAGAAACAAAUGGCACAAUUGUUGAACCUUCUUCGAUCGAAACUUUUGGUUGGGAUUCGUGUUUUAAGCCGGAUGGGUACGAGAUGACAUAUGCAGAAAUGUCUAAAGAACAAAAAAACCUUAUUUCUCACAGGAUGAAAGCAAUGCUUAAAUUGAAAGAGUUUCUGGACCAGACAUUACCAAUAUAAUUUUUGUAAUGAAUAUCGUUUCCUUGUAUUAAAUUUGUAUACAUAUUUA